GACACGUGUGACGUAUAAAAGUGAAAAUUCGCGUAUUUACCUACCUCUGACUAUGUGACUAUCUCCAGUUAUUAGAUACCAAGCAAACAAUGUUUAAGGUUAUGUUUACUACAAACGUUAUAGGUUUUCGUAAAUUAUUAAAACUACAUCAUGAAAUUGCAACAUGUUCAACAAAUUUCCUCUACACAAAUAUUCAAGUAUUAUUUGCAAAGAAAGAUGAAACUGAAAGUCCAAGAAUGCGUGAAUUUAGAAACAAAUUACGAGAACGAACACCUAUAGAAAAAUUAGAAGAGCUAGAAGAAGGAAAGCACCCUUAUCAAGAGAAAGAGCCCUUAAAACCGUUUCCAAAUAAUGUAAAUCCUAAAACAGGUGAAGUAGGAGGACCAAAAGGACCAGAACCAACUCGUUAUGGAGAUUGGGAAAGAAAAGGAAGAGUCACAGAUUUUUAG